AUAAAGUAAUUAGAUUAAUCCAUAUAUUCUUGAUUUUAUUUUUACAUAGAAUAGUAAUAUACACUAAUAGAGAACUAUAAUAGUUUCUGAAUAUGAGGAAACAAAGCCACCACUACUCAGUUCUUGUCAUGUUUGGAUCACUUCUCUAUUUGCCUCUAUUGCUGAAUGCAACUUCCAUAAGUCCUCAGGAAGCAGAGAAUCAUGAGGUGGAGUUUCAUUAUUGGGAAGGGCAUGAGAAAGGUCCAAGUAAAUGGGGAGAGCUAAAGAGAGAAUGGGAAGCUUGCAAGAAUGGGAAGAUGCAGUCUCCUAUUGAUAUUUCAAGUUAUAAAGUGAAAAUCAUCAAAAAUAUGGAUAACAAGAAAGUUUACAAGCCCUCUAAUUCUACUAUAAAGAAUAGAGGCCAUGACAUUUCAUUGAAGUGGCAAGGGGACGCUGGAUCCAUUUGGAUAAAUGGCACAGAGUAUCCUCUUCAACAAGUUCACUGGCAUUCUCCUUCUGAACAUACUAUCAAUGGCAGAAGGUACCCCUUGGAAAUGCAUAUGGUUCACCAAACCAAUGGGGAGAAAGUGAAAAAUAAGAUAGUAGUCAAUGCUGUCCUUUACAAAUUUGGCAAACCAGAUCCAUUUCUUUUCGGAUUGAGGAGGCACAUAUCAUCUAUGAUUGAUCAAGAAGGUGAAGAGAGGAAGUUGGGCAAGAUUGAUCCAAAUUACAUAAUUAGUAGUCCAACCAAAAAAUACUAUAGGUACAUGGGUUCACUCACUACCCCUCCUUGCACAGAAGGUGUCACUUGGAUAGUCAACAAGAAGGUACAAACUGUUUCAAGAGGUCAAGUGAUGUUGCUCCGAAAAGCUGUCCAUGAUUCUGCUGAGAGAAAUGCAAGGCCAGUGCAACCACAUAACGAGAGAGAGAUCCAUCUUUUACUCCCAAAGAGCUAAAUUCUGUCAUAUUUAAAUCGUGUGACAAAAGUCUACUAUUACUAGUACUCUUUUAGAACUAUUUUUUAUUUAUUUAUAGAAAUGAAGAAAGGAUGUAGAAAACAAAAUUUUAUUUGACGUCGGUACUGAAAUUUCAUCAGACUUGAAGGAAGAAUAUUUUGAUACUAAAGAUCACAA